AUGAGAUCCCUACUCCUGUUGGCCUUGCUUGCUAUGGUCACUCUUACAGAUGGACAGAUUAGCGCAAUGUUCGGGAACCCGAUCCAGGCGCCAAAUUGUGAAUCUUGGUCCGAAUGGGGCCCAUGUGUUUGGUUAAAGGGCAAGGAAAAACGAUUUCAACGCUCUUACUUCGAUCAACUAUUGCCAGGACGUAGAGGUUGUCGAACACACGUAUUCUUCCGCCUCUUAAAAGAUCGAUGGGGAACGGCAUUUCAAAACUUCUACAGUUACUUACGUGAAAUUACGUUAAGCGAACAUCAAUGUGGUGAGUGCUCUUAUCAGCAAAGUUGCGGUCGUCAGUGUCAUCGACGUGGUGAUACGGCAGUGAUCAAUCCACUAUUUGUGGCCGAACGACGUUGCAUGGGAAUAAAUCAAAAUCAGGCUUGUAUGUCUAAGUACGCGCCAAAUUGUAAACUCUGGCCAAAUAGAACCGUACCGUUGCCGAACGUCACUGAAAGUAUGCAGCAGAUCAUCGACAACCUCGACUACCUCACUUGCGUGCCACAGCAUAGGCAGUCCGGCCCGGUAUGUCGUUGCUGUUGUCAUCCGUAUACACCGAAUCCGAUAACGUUUGAAUGUGAGCUCAAACCGUUCAUCAAUCAUCACUAG